UAGCGUGGUCAAAUAGUGACAACCUGGGUGGGAGGGCUUCUAUAGUUGACUGAAUGCAUUUGUUUUAAAUAUUCAAUAUGGCUGACGGAGGAGUAAUGAGCCAAUAUGAAAGUUCAGGACCAGACACGAUAAUCAACCUGUCAGUGCCCAGUAAAAGCACCAUGGAGAACGGGGACGUAGUCAAAGGCGUGCUGACCAAUGGCCGGGACUCUCAGAAGCAGACUGUCAUGUCCCUCACCAACGCACAGUCACAGGCUCUGCUGCAACAGUUGACCUUGUCUCCAGCGCAGCAGCAGCUGUUUCUCCAGCAGGCUCAGGCCCAGCUCCUUGCAGCAGCCGUUCAGCAGCACUCCGCCAGCCAGGCCCAGAACAGCAGCACCACGGGGGCCGCCAUCUCUGCCUCCGCAGCCACCCCCAUCACCACCCAACUACCACUGUCCCAGCCUAUACACAUCACUCCUCUCCAGCAGCAGGGCCUGCAGCAGUUUGUGUUGGUCCAGCCAGGUCAUUCCAUGGCCACCCAGCUACAGCCUCAGUUCUUCAUCUCCCAGACUCCACAGGGACAGCCCAGUAUGUUUCAGUAUCAUAAUCUUUUGCAAGCCCAAAAUCUUCUCACUCAACUACCUCAGAGCCAAGCCAACCUCCUACAGACUCCAACUAUCACAAUUGCCCCACAGCCGGCCUCUCCCACACGGACCAUAACUGCCACCCCUGGCCAGCUCCUCAUCCACAGCCAGACCCCGCCCCCUAAAGGUCUGGGCACGCCCACUCUGGAGGAUGCCAAUGAUCUGGAGGAGCUGGAGAUUUUCUCCAAGGCCUUCAAACAGAGGAGGAUCAGACUGGGCUUCACACAGGGUGACGUGGGGCUGGCCAUGGGGAAGCUGUAUGGUAAUGACUUCAGCCAGACCACCAUCUCCCGCUUUGAAGCACUCAACCUGAGCUUCAAGAACAUGUGUAAGCUGAAACCGCUGCUGGAGAAGUGGCUCAACGACGCAGAGAAUGUGAGCUCAGAGUCCAGCCCCAGCCUCAGUCCCCUGGGCUCUGGUCACGGGUCACCCAGCCUGGCGUCUGACCUCAAUAGCCGGCGCCGCAAGAAGAGGACCAGCAUCGACACCAACAUCCGUGUGGCCCUGGAGAAGAGCUUCAUCCAGCAAAACCAGAAGCCGUCAUCAGACGAGAUCUCCCUGAUAGCAGACCAGCUGAACAUGGAGAAGGAAGUGAUCCGGGUGUGGUUCUGUAACCGCCGGCAGAAGGAGAAGAGGAUCAACCCUCCCAGCAGCUCAGAUUUCCAGAAGUCCAUCUUCUCGUCCCCUACUACUGCCAGCCUGGUGAACACUGUACCCCAGACCACUGUGACUGUCACCCCCUCUCUGCCUGUCACCAGCUUCAGCCUCACAGACAGGACCCUGGUGCCAGCCAACGGCAACACAGCAUCCGUCAUCUCCAGCACCCCUACAGUCCCCUCUAUGUCCCUCACACCCUCCUCCUCCGUGACAACCAUGUCACAGCCAGCCGUUACCAUGACGCAGGCGGGGCAAAUGCUCUACAGCAACGGCGGGGGUCUGGCUGCAAUGGCGGCUGCAGCGGCGGGAAUCAGCCCGGGUCUCAUGCCCUCAUCGCAGUUCAACACAGGGGGGGCCUUACUGAACCUAACUACUGCAGGUUUUGGAGGAGCGCUAGCCACCAUCCAAGGUGUGUUGAGUGCUCUGGCCUCCAGCGGGUCCUUCCCCAUCACCACCCUGGACGGGAACGGGAACCUGCUAUUUGCCAACACCAGCAUGUCUGGCUCCGCCCCCAGCAUGGUGAACACGCCACUCUUCCUGAACCCCCAGAGCCUGUCCUUAUUGGGUAGUAACCCUGUCAGCUUCAUCCCUGCCAGUGCCCUCAGCCUGCAACUCACCGCUGGCACCAACACCAUCACCACGGCAACCACACCAGUCAACACCAUCGUCAGAGCCUCUAAGGCCCAAUGAAUGAACUCGCGGGGUGGGUCGCUCCCCAUUUCCUCCUCUUCAUUUGGUCGUUAUUUAAUCUUUGUUUCUUUUUGCUACCACCAAAAAGUUGUUGUUGGAAAAAUAUUAAGAUGUUUUCCUCCCUAUCUCUGCCACAAGGGGUCCUAACGGUCCUUUCGAAGAUUGAUUGAGAUUUGGCAAUAGAAUCUCUUUUUCCUCAGAACUGCUUCUAAAACCAAAAAUGUGUGUUUGAUUUUAUUUUGCUGAGUAUUGAAUGAAACUGACAUGGAUUAACUUUCUAGAGAGAUUUCAUGAUGAUCUGUGUGUUAGGUUCUCUAAUUUUAAGUUUUACUUGAGGGCGUGUUGUACAGGCCUGGACCGUUGACAUCAGAUUUACAACUAAAGAUUAGAUUUCUCUGCUUGUUUUUCCAUGUUACCUAAAAUGUUCUUUGUGCGGUUAGUUGUGUGCUCUGAUAUUUGCCGUUUGUACAUUUUUCAAAACUUUUAUUAAAAGUUUUGUUGCUUUAACAUGUUUUUCAACAUAGUUCCAACUCUUUAAAAAGAAUCACUAGGCUGUGAGAGAGCUUUACUGCAGUCUCUGGGAAGAGUUAAAAACAGCAGACUUCAAGAGAACUUGGAAUGUCCUUUAUCCAACCCAAAAAAUAUUAGUGUACUAGACUUAGCUCUAUAUUAUCAUCACCCUAGUGUAAUGUAACAUAGGGAUUAAUCUAAUGGACCUCUCCAGAGCGGGAGAGAUUAAUGCAAUAUUUUGAAGGGGACUUUCCAAAGACUAACAAAGAUGUUUCUCUCUGAUAUUCUCCUCCCUUAUGCCGAGGUCUAUAGAAGACAGGUAGGAUACCAAAAAGAGCGUCUGGAGAAGGUGGGGUAAGGUGUCAGUAGUAUAGUGGAGUUGCAUGGCCCAUACUGAAUCUGCCUUGGAUUACAUGAGUUCAAGAAGGUAUUUACAAGAGUAAUGCUCUUGAAGUAAUUCUCAGGACAGCCAUUUCCCAGUGAGUCACUGCAUGUACAAGUUAAAGGAGAUUGUCCAGGUCUGGCCUUCUCUGAGCUUAUUCUUUCUCGUAAGACCAAUAUGCUGCCACUAGAGCCCCGGGUACUGCAAUCAGUACUGACUCAACAUAAUAUAUUGAAAUACCUCAGCAGCAAGAAAACAAUAUAUAGUCAAGCAAAACUGAAACCAUCAAUUCUAAGAAUGUAGAAAUGUUUACCUGUUUUUUUUGUAGCUUUGCUGUACGUUUGAAACGGUGACGACAGCAGAGAAUCAUAUCUUGAUACACAACAUGAGCUGACUCCACAUGCACUGUAACUGCAGUGUCCAGUACUACUGCUAUUAUUAUGUCAUAUAUUCACCCAAAUGGUACUUUAUUCUUGUCUGAUCCUAAAUACCAAAGCAUUAGCGUUUUCAUUUUGUAGCUGGUUUGAUGGCUAGAUCUUUUCUUGGUGGUGUGUGUUUGUUCUGGGGGUUUCCUGCAAAGCCUUAUGGAAAUGUAGUUGUAUCUCUGCUGGAGUCUUUGUUGUGGGUUUGCUCUGCUAUAUUGAGAAGUUUGAAAUAUGUAUCCGAGGGUCAUUUUUACUUUACGUCUAGCGCUCUAUUCACAUGCAAGUAAUAUAUAUACAUUAAAUAUUCCUGUUUUCUAUCUGAACUAGUAGGUUCUUGUAAUUGAAUGUAGUGCAUUAUCUUUAACAUCCUCUGUAGGAUAGAAAUGUUGUGACUGGACCAAAGUACACCACAGGGUGUGGACGGAUCCGUUUCUGGCCUGUUGACUUGCAGUUUAAUGAUUUGAUUUGACAAUUUAAAAUCCAUGAUUUUUUUGUUUGACCUGGCAACAGAUACACAUACCAAACUGAGGAUAUAAACACAAAGUCCAAAUGCUUGUUUCCAUUAUGGUCCUCUUGUAACUAAGGAAAUGUACUGCGUUCUGUUUUACUUUUGUGUUGUGCUGUUUUAUCAAAAAAAUGUAAAGCCAGAAGUUUUCACUGUGUACUUUUCAUGCCUUUAUGUUUUCAUCACAAGGGAGAAAAUGAUUUAUUUUGUGGCCUUAAUGGAUGGGAUAUAUGGUAUCUGCAUACUACUACUUAAUGCAGGUUAGAAAACAACCUGUUUGUAAACUUUACUGACAUCCUAACUGAUGGUUCCAGUCUUGGGGGGGACAGGCUGUCUAGUGCUGGGUUCAUCUGGGACUGUUGGGCCUAUUCAACACCAGGAGGCAGCAUCUCAAAAGAAACCAAAGACAUAACGCUCUACCACACACACACACUUAGAUCAGUGGUGCUGCUGUCCUUUGUAGUCGCUUUACCUGAAUGUUGUGCAGUUAGUCAUCACAUCUCUUACACAUUGUCUUAGUUUUAUUUGUACGCCAAGUAAUGCAGGUGACGGCAACAUAUGGCCAGAUGAAAAAACACUCCAGGAAACUUUUGAACUUUUAAAACUAAAUUAUAAUGGACCUUUUACGUUUUAAAAUAACUGCCCUUUUUCUGGGCCCCAAAAAGUGCAGCCCUCCGCUGAAUUUUGAAAUCCCGAUGUGGCCCUGGAGUCUAAAUGAUUACCCACCCCUUAACAUCUGCUUGUUUUGUUUCUACAUCAAGUAGAGGGCAGAUAUUUUCCUCCAGCUGUAUUCCAAAGCAAAAAUCCUGCUAAAUGUUUCAUCUACACAAAUACCAAAGAAUACUCUGGCCGGGAUUCAAUCCGAUCGCAGGGUUAUAGGCGUUGUGGCUUUUAAAGGCAAUUUCUGAUUGAGCUGAACAUAUGCAGCAUUUAUCGUGAAUGGGACCUCUGCAAAAGCAGGGAACAUUGCCUUUAAAAUACGUAAUACCUUUAUAACCUAGGACCGGAUUGAAUCCCGGCCUCUGACGGUCUUUCCCAGUCUCUUCACGCUUCCCUUUCUACUCCCGUCCCUACAGCGUAUUUAUACUGUAGUAGACCGAUACAGAACCAAGCACUGGCAUCCAAAGCGCAAUGUAUAAUAUGGUACAUUUCAGGGAAGAUAUCGUCAAGCAGAAAGUGUGUUUUGAAAAGAGCUUAAUUGUUUGUUUUUCUCAUUCAGUAUGGAUGUCAAUGCAGAAUGAUCUUACUGUUGGUAGAUGGUCAAAUGGAAGGUCUUUUUGGAUGUUUUACGAUUCACUGCCUCGAUUCACUGCCUGUGUAUUGUGAUUUAAUACUUUUAACAACAAAAAACAAAAAGUGUAGGCCUGCAUAUCUUUUUCUAACACCCACACAGAGUUGGGUAGGUUACUUUCUAAAUGUAACCGUUACUAGUUAUCUGAAAUUGUAAACAAUUAACUAACUUAGAUUACUCAGUAACAAUCUGAUUACUUUCCCCUUAGAGGCAUUAGAAGUUGACAAAAAUGAUCCAAACAAACAUUUGUUGUAUCAUAGUGGUCUCUGACUUGUGGUCUGACUCGCGUUUUCAAUGCCUAAUUUAAUGUAAUUGAUAAAACAGAAAGGUGUCAAUGUAACAUUUUUGUAAACCAAGAAGUAAUCUAGUUUUUCAAAAGUAUAAUCUGAUUACAAGAUUUUUUCUGAUAACGUAACGGAUUACAGUACACCACUCCAAAUCUGGUCCCUACUUCGUCCUGUCUCGUUUAGUGAGGUAGCAGUUGUCACACUAACACUAGGUGGUGACACCCAUGGUUGUGGCAAUGCAAGGUGUGAUGUCACUACUUGGCAGACUACAUAGAUGAUGAACACACCCACUCAACAGUAUACUAGCUUACUACUGCUAUAUCAACUACUAUCACGCCACACUGUUGUCACGGGAACAACGUAGGGAGACCGUAGUCGUUUAACUAUGUCCCAUCUUGUUGACCUGUUUGUCUGCUGUAUUUGGGGGAUUACAUUGUUUUUUUUACUUACAAAUGUAUAUGAAAAAUCUCUUACUGUAACUUGGUUAUAAACAUCAUUAAAAGUAGUAACAUUGUU